GGAUGGCGAAGUAGGCGGGUGUGGGGUCGAGGGGGCCGGAUAUGAACGCUGUAAGAGGCUUGAGGUCGGACAUUUGUAGAUUGGCAAGGAUAGAAUGGUGAGUUUUGGGGAGGAGGCGUGAUUGGCGUGAGCGUGGGAGGGUAUGAUAGGUGGUGGGUUGGUGGUUGGAGUAGACUAGGCUGCCACUGUGGCGCAGCACUGGUGAGCUGAGGGCAUACCACGAAAAUGAGGAGACCGGAUUCCAUCACCAAAGAAUAAUGGUGGGUGGACUGAAGCUCAACAGUUACCCAAACAUUCAAACCAAUCAAUUUCUUGCGUAUCCUAACCAAUAUCAAUAUAACCUCUUUCUGUGUCCAGAUUUCAAAUUUCCUAUCCUCACUGCUAUUUCACACUGAAAGCUCAAACAGGCUUUUCAUGUGUUUGCAUCUGCUCCACUCCUCAAGUUCUACAAGGCUACUCUGAAAAAUUUCCAGCCCGACAUGUCCUCUUCCACGAUCCAAAUCCAAAAACUUGGACCCGAUGUGAUCUCUGAAGAGAUGCUUGUGCAAGCUGCAACGCUCUUCUCCUCCGCCUACGGUAUCUGGGGUUCACUUGCGCAGGAGAAAAUGAGCAAGUUCUGCAAACCAGGUCAUCGCGUGAAGAUGUCUGCAGAACGCCUCCGCCAGCAGUCUUUGGCUCCAGGCACUCGCAGUGUCCUGGUUCGCGCUGUUUCCGGGGACAAGCUCGCCGGGUAUGCUUUCGCAACCCGCUGGGACUACCAAGGCCGCCAAGUGUGCUGGAUCACCCAGCUGUGCAUUGAUCCUGAGCUCAGAAGCCAGAAGCUGGCCACCAAGAUUCUCCUCGCAUUGCGCGACGGCGAAAAGGAUCGCGGCUUCGGCAUUCUCUCCUCCCAUCCGCACGCCAUCCUCGCCGCUCUCCGUGCCUUCGGUAGAGGCAUUGAGGAGAUCGAUAUGGACAUAGUCAAACUGCACGCUAGAGGCAUUUUAGACGCAUCCCCAGUCGACUAUGUCAAGUCUUGCAAGCUGAAGGGAACUCUGUUCGGUGAGAAGGGUGACGACGGCAGCGUCUGUUCGGCUGACACCGGCUUCUGGGUUGAUCACGACGAACCUAUGGCUGCCUUGGAGCAAGUUAAGGCAAAGGGAGUCAAAUGGGCCUUCGGUGAGUUGUUGGAGGGUUGCGAGUUCAUUGUUGUCGUGAAGGGUGCGGAAGUGGAGAGUGCAGGCGACCGCGUUCGUCGUCAGGAGAAUAGCUCUGACUUAUGAUCUGAGCAUGCUAUCUGUCAGACUAUGUCCAGGUAUCUUGUACUAUUGAACAUUGAAUGACAUAUCAAAUCUCUGUGCUGGACUCUAUUCUCAAAGCGGCACCUCUUUCUGCCCACGACAUUGGAGUCAUACACAGUGUUAAGGUUGGGUCCCCGUACUAGCG